AUGAAUAGACUGAAUAAGGUGAAUAAACUGAAUAAGGUGAAUAAACUGAAUAAGAUGAAUAAACUGAAUAAGAUGAAUAAGGUGAAUAAAUUGAAUAAGCUGAAUAAACUGAAUAAGCUGAAUAAGCUGAAUAAACUGAAUAAGCUGAAUAAGCUGAAUAAACUGAAUAAGCUGAAUAAGCUGAAUAAACUGAAUAAGAUGAAUAAGGUGAAUAAAUUGAAUAAGCUGAAUAAACUGAUUAAGAUGAAUAAGGUGAAUAAAUUGAAUAAGCUGAAUAAACUGAAUAAGCUGAAUAAGCUGAAUAAACUGAAUAAGCUGAAUAAGCUGAAUAAACUGAAUAAGAUGAAUAAGGUGAAUAAAUUGAAUAAGCUGAAUAAACUGAUUAAGAUGAAUAAGGUGAAUAAAUUGAAUAAGCUGAAUAAACUGAAUAAGCUGAAUAAGCUGAAUAAACUGAAUAAGAUGAAUAAGGUGAAUAAAUUGAAUAAGCUGAAUAAACUGAAUAAGGUGAAUAAGCUGAAUAAACUGAAUAAGCUGAAUAAGCUGAAUAAACUGAAUAAGAUGAAUAAGGUGAAUAAAUUGAAUAAGCUGAAUAAACUGAUUAAGAUGAAUAAGGUGAAUAAAUUGAAUAAGCUGAAUAAACUGAAUAAGCUGAAUAAGCUGAAUAAACUGAAUAAGAUGAAUAAGGUGAAUAAAUUGAAUAAGCUGAAUAAAGUGAUUAAGAUGAAUAAGGUGAAUAAAUUGAAUAAGCUGAAUAAACUGAAUAAACUGAAUAAGCUGAAUAAACUGAAUAAGAUGAAUAAACUAUAA